UUUGCAGACUUGGUAGAAGUUGAGAUGUCUUCCUCGGACUUGUCUGCGAGGUUUGUCAGCCAGGAUACAUUGGAAGAGAAAAGGAAGAAAAGACAAGAAGAGUGGGACAAAAAGAGAGGUCCUGAUGAUCCAGAAGAAUGUCCAGAGGAAGUGAUUGACAACAGAUCUUUGUAUGAACGUCUUCAAGAACAGAAAAACAAGAAAGACCAGGAAUAUGAGGAACAAUUUGCACUGAAGAACAGUGUAAAGGGUCUAGAGGAGGAUGAGGUAGCAUUUCUAGACCAUGUGUCAGAUCGACAGAUUGCCAUAGAAAAAGCUCGAAGCAGCGAGGAAGCUAGAAUUAUACUGGAACUUAAGAUUUCUAUGAAAGCAAAUGUGCACAAAAUAGAUGACUCCAGGCCAAAAGAGGAAAAGAAACCAACAGUUAAACAACAGAUAGGAGGAGCAUCAAAUAAAAAAUCACAACAGGCAUUACUGGCCGGAGUCGUUAAGAGGAAAAGUGUUGAAACAAGUGAAGAAAGCAAAAAGAGGAAACUCUCUUCAGAAGAAACUUCAGAUCAGAAGACACCAUCAUCAAAUCCACAAGGUCUGCAGACAGCUAAAAUUAUUGGCAUUUUGCCCGGACUUGGUGCCUACGAUAAUGACACUAGUGACUCGGAUACUUCUAGCAGUGAUUCAGAUGUGGAGGACAUCAAAGUGGCACCCGCUAAAAUUCACCUCAAAGUAGUGGAACAAGAGUGAUGCAUUCUGGGAAUAUUUGUGUCCACGUACAAGUGUAAUAGAAUGUGUCUGGUUAUAAUGAAAGUGAAAGUGCACUUAUUGUAUUGGUACCUUUGGGCAUGUAGAAGAAAGUUCCAUUAUACUAUAGAUAAAAUUCCAAGUAAAUCAUUAUCUACAUAGGUAAAUAAAUGGUCCUAAGGGCUCUGUUGAAUCUGGAUACUAAAAUUAUGAAUUCCAUAAUAUUUUUUAGGUGAUACAAAAUUUUUCUAUUGAAUGUAUGGUAAAUUACAAUUGACUCAGGGAUACAUUUCAUGGCCGUAGGAACCGGGGGGGCACGGGGGGGCCGUGCUCCCCCA